AUGGAGUCUUGUAGGAGACACUUCACCCUCUUGUGGGCAAUUGCUCUGUCUUGGAGCAUCAUCUGUGUAAAUAUGUUUACCACAUCAGCUGAGCAGCUUGGAGACCUGUCAGACUAUGAGUUGGCCAGCUUUGACAAUCCUGAUAUUUUGGAUGAACCCCAAAGACGUGCAUCAAAGUUCAAUCAUUUUACCUUGAGUGACCAUGGCGAUGUGUAUGUUGGAGCUGUCAAUUGGUUGUACAGGCUGAACAGUAGUUUGGAAGAGAUACAGAACGUUUCAACCUGUGAUGACAGCAGGCCAGAUAGUGGGAUGUCCUGUUACCGCACGAAUAACUACAACAAGAUACUGGCUGUUGACAGUACUCGGCCAAACAGCCUGAUAACAUGUGGUGGUGUGUAUGAUGGCAUUUGUCAGUUACGACAGUUAUGGGACAUUAAUAACGUAAUAAUGGAGUCAGUUCUUAACGUUGCUGCUGGCUUUGAGGAUGCAUCUACUGUUUGGAUGCUUACUCAAGGGCGAGGUGGAGAAGCAAUGCUUUUCGUUGCUGUUACAAACAGUCGUGAAAAUGUUCGACCAAUUACAAGAAGAAACCUUGACACUAAUAGUUUUUUAUCAGCGAGAGAAGAUGAUGAUUCCAUCUUUUUCAGCGUUUCCCCUAUAUCAGUGGUACAUCCUAAGUACGUUGCAGCAUUUGACCUCAGUGGUUUCACUUACUUCCUUGUUUCCCAAAAAGAGGACCUCAAUAGUUUUGUCUCAAAGAUAAGCAGAGUUUGUCAAGGCGGUCCAAAUCUAGCCGCUUACACAGAAAUUACCCUACAGUGCAGUGGAUCAGAUGGCAGUGUGUACAGCUUGGUGCAAGCAGCUCACUUUGGACCAGCAGGACCUGAUCUAGCGACAUCAUUGGGUCUCCAUGCAGACGAGCAGGUGCUGUAUGCUGUGUUUGCCAAGAACCAAGGAGCUCCGGGUACCAGCGAUGUACCCAUCGAUCACUCAGCAUUGUGUAUGUACAGGAUGACGGAUAUCUUGGCUGCCUUCAGAGAAGCAGUACGGGGAUGUAUUCAGGAUGGGAACAUUGGCAAUGGGCCAAACAAGAUCGACUAUUUGGAGGGUUCUUUUUGCAAUGGGUACGGGAUUUCCAUUCUGGAUCGCUAUUUCUGCACACCCGUGACCAAUGAUCAAAAUCAAACGCCAUUAUUCAAGUACGCCAAGGGCAUAGCCCCCGUUCCAUCCACGGCAAUCCUAGAGCUGCCUGGUACUCUCACGUCAUCAGUCAUAACCACAAUAGAAGUCAACCACACCAUCGCUUUAAUCGGAACAUCGAGUGGAGAUCUACUCAAGGUAAAUUAUCCCUAA